GGCAGCCGCGGAGUCGAGUCAUGAACGACCCGCCGCCUCCUGCCGCCCCGCAGGCCCGCGGGGAGGGGGCGCUAUCCCCACUAUCCGGCUCCUACCUACUGAUCGUAGUGGCCCAGCCCCAUGUGGAGCAACACAAGGAUACAAUUCUUAGCAGAAUAUCUAAAGGAUUUCUCUCCUGGGAUGAGGAGAAGGCGCACGUGGACAUCCACAAGGAGCUCGCAAACAUUGCUGAGCUCAACCUAGAAGGAGAAGAACAGAAAGGAGGAGAGAGACUCAUCCAAUAUGCUACCGAGAACCUGGUCGCAGAGGUGUUGAUCUACCCCCAGGUCAACACCCUGCAACAGUGCCUCAAGAACCUACUCUCCUCCUUCACCAAACACAGACACAUCAUCCACGCCGGAUACGCCUUCGCUGGCACUGGCUCCUGGAUGCUACAGGAUGGAACCUUCUCUGUAUCGGACUUGGUUGCAGCCUUCACAGAGUACGAGGUCCAGCGAGUCCUACAUGCCUAUGAGAACUGCAUUACCAUUGACAUCCACUGUGCUCCCGAGGGCCAAUGGUCCACCCACCACAUGGCCAGGGAGUCCUUUAGCAAACUUUGCCGAGUGACAGUAAACCCGGACGACAAGAUUGAGAUCACCCCCGGAAUCUCAACUUUCGUGCGAUACCUGUCUCAGUUCCUUCACAGCACUCAAAUCGAGCAGCUGCUCGAACCCUCUGAUAUUGUGGGCAACAUCCGAUUCUCAAGACCCACCCUGUACGUGUUCCCCGGCGGCCAGGGUGACUCUGCUCUCUUCGGCGUCAACGGCUUCAACAUGCUCGUGGAUGGAGGAUAUAACUACAAAGCCUGUUUCUGGGACUUUACAAGACAUUUAGACCGAUUAGACGCUGUCCUCAUAACUAGACUGAAUAGCUCUAACCUCAUGGGAAUCACGAAUGUGAUUCGCAGAAAAGCCUUAAGUUCUGUUUAUCCACAGAUUGGUCAUACUUUCUGCAACGUAGCAGGUACCCUAAAAUCACCUGACGGUGACAAAGACAAAGAUCCUCUUCUAAUCAAUCUAUGGGAUGAGGGACACCUACUGAGAGAAAACCUUAGACAAAUUAGCCUGAAGCCUCACCUGUGCUUCCGCGACAAUGCAAUGGAACCAAUCAAUCUGUACCACAAAGUUGGUCACGGUAAACUGGACAUGUACGUCAUCAACCCAUCUCGAGACAGCAAGGAGGUGCGUGAAUUCAUGCAGCGAUGGAAUAACGAAGUGAUCGGUUCUGAAACGAGCUUCACCUCAGUCAAAAUCGGGAACCGUUCUUUCCCGUGCCCACUCACGAACCUUACCUCUAUCUGCGCCUUACUGAUAUGGCAGCCAAAUGACCCAUGCGACACAAUCACUCGCAUUCUCUUCCCUGGUAGUACGCCACAGAACAAGAUUUUCGAAGGUCUUGAGCGAUUACGCAAUCUAGAGUACCUUAAAUAUCCAACAUGCUCCGCCAAAUCAAUAAAAUCAGUGGCGGAAGAGAAGAAGAGUCUGAAGACAGUCGAAAAGAUUGCUGGAGAAUCUGCUCGACCAGCUAAGCACCCGAGUCCCUCUCCACCAACACACCGCAUCAGGAAGGAGAGACACGACCGGUCCAUCAGCCGCGAGGAAAGAAGAAGAAUCAGAGUGGAACGCUCUGAACAAAAGAUCAUACAAGAGUCCAAGAAAGAAAAGAAAGUAGACAGGAAAGUUGAGAGGAAACUCAUUAAGCGAGAGAAGGAGGAAAAGGAGAAGGAGAAAAUUGAAGACAAGAAGGAGGAGAAGGUGACCACUGAACUUGAAGAAACCAAAGAUAAGAUAAAUGGAAUUGACGUCACCACCGAGUCAAAAGAAGACAAAAUGGAGACCGUGGCCGUAACGGAACCACCGGUCACCAAACCUGAAGAAGUCAAAGUCAGUAAAGAUGUCAUCGACACAAAGAUUACCAAAGAUAUCACUAGUCUCGCGGCUGUCACAGACAGUACUGAGGUCAGCCGUGUUACCAUAGAAGAACAAGUGACUCAAGAAACAAAAGCAAGACUGGAAUCAGUACAAGUAACUGAGACCAAAACAUUACAGGAGAUUGAAGUCGCCGAAGUAAAAGACUUGUCUCUUGUGUCCGUGGAGUCCGGAGUAGUGAUGGGCGAGGAAAGAGAAUCUUCUCUAGAAAUCGAAAAGCCCAAAGAAGUGGAGAAGAAGAAGAAACUCAGGGAGAAGAAGCCAAAAGGCACUGCUACUCCCGACAGGCCACGAAAAUACAGGAAGCCCCAAGUCGAGUCUCGCAUCGAUACCGGCGACAGACGGGUUAGAGCGGAAGAGAGAACGCUCAAACCUGAGAGGAAACUCAAAGAACGAAAAAGUCUCGAAAGAAAAGAACGAAGAGAACGAAAAGUGGAGGCGGAGAAGAAGGAGGGUGAACCAUCAGAGAAAAAGCCAGAACCCAAAGAAAGGAAAGUCAGAAAAAUCAAGAGGGCCGAGGCCAAACCUGGAGAAACUCCUAGUCCAAAGAAGACACCAGAGAAGAAGAGACGCCUGAAGAAGGUGCCACCACCAGAGAAGAGGGAGGAAAAGGCAAUUGGUGAGGUGAGGCCACCUAAACCACCCGUCCCUAAGGCACCAAGAAGACUAAAAUCCACAACCACAACAACCACUACUAGAGAGAUAACACACAAAAAACUCGUUGACGAUAAAAACAGGGCGGCUAAAGCUGCUGAGGCGGCGAGGAAGGAAUUGAAGCCUAAGCCAUCUCCUCCCAGAGCUAGGCCUCCAGCAGCUGCCAAACCAACCAAACCUAAAAAGAUCGAAAAGCCACCUGUUCCUAAACCUGAAGAACCAAUGAAGAAGAUCAUAACUGGAGCUGCAGUGAAGGCCGGUGUACUGGCAGCUGCUGUCUCCGGUGUAGCUGUGGUAGAAGCUGCAGCGGACAGAGAAGACGUCGAGGAGAUUGUGGCGCCUUUGAAGGAGGCAGAAGAUCUCAUGCUAAUAGCAGAGCAGGAGGAGGAAGAUCGCAUUUCCGACAUCGCCAACAUACCUGGCGUACAGGAGAUUAAAUUAGACGAAGACACAUUCCAGAUUAUCGACAAACAGCAGGUGGAGGAGGAGGAGAAGGACUCACUCAUUCUACACGAAGAAGGUGUGGUGGAACACGUGGAGAAAGAAGAUGUCAUCGAGGAAGUGGAGGAACACCUCGAAGAGGCAGAGAAAGAAAGUGAAGAGGAGGAGGAAGAAGAAGAGGAGGAGGAAGUCGAAGAAGAGGAAGAGGAGGAAGAAGAAGAAGAAGUAGUAGAAAAGAAGGUAGAAGUUGAGAAGGUAGAGAGGAAAGAAAAGAUUGAAAAAGAGGAGGAGGAAGAAGAAGAAGAGGAGGAAGAAGAGGAGGAAGAGGAAGAAGAAGAGGAAGAGGAAGAAGAGAAAGUAAGCAUUGAAGAAAAAGAAGAUGAAUCUGAGAAGAAGAAAAAGGAGGAGCGUAAAGUUUCUCCAGCAGCUCCUGAGAAGGAAGCUGAGGUCACCAAACCAGAAGAAAAACCAGAAGCUGAAGACAUUUAUGAAAAAAUCGAAACCGAGGAUAGGGACGUGUACGCUACGCUACCCAGCUCGGCCAAACUCACCGAAUACAAAGAAAAAUACGAAGAAAAACCAAUUCGCGGCCUCUUCACUGGGUUCGCUAUUCUUGCACCAGAGCCCAAGUUUGAAGAACCUGCUGUUCCCAAACAACCAAGUCCAUCGAGGUUGAAAGAAGAAGCUCCACAAGUUCCUACGUCAUUACCCGAAGCUAUUUUCAAACCAACAGCUCCACCUGUACAUCCUCGGGAAAUCAUUAAGACUCCUGAUGAGGUGGACGACUUGCCAAUCCACGAAGAGGUGGAAUCCAUAGAAAGAGACAUCUAUGAAAAGGAAAUCGAUGAGAUGGAGGAGAAGGUGCCUGAAGAAGAACUUGAGCCACGUUCACCAUUGCUUGAGGUAACUGGCGAACUCCAGAUCAGAGAGGAGGUGAUGAGGGAGAAGCACGAGAAGGAGACCGUGAAGGAGAUCAUCACUAAAGACGUCACAAUGAUUGAGAAAAAAGAAGUAAAGAAGGAGGAAAAGGAGGAUGAAGAGGAAGAGGAGGAGGAGGAGGAGGAAGAACCUGAAGUAGAGGAAGAAGAAAUGGAGGAAGAAGAAGAGGAAGAAGAGGAGGAGGAGGAGGAAGAAGAAGAGGAGGAAGAAGGAGAAGAGGAGGAGGAAGAAAUCUCAAGAGAAGAAAAACCAUCAAAGUCCCUUGAUGAGUUUGAAGCCAAGUAUAAAGAAUUCAAGGCUGCUGCCGUUACCGAAGUACUCGAGAAAGGCGAAAAAGUCACUGAGGUUACCGAAGUCACCACAAAGAAGGUCGACAAGGCGGAAAUCCUCAAGGACAUCGCCGAAACACUUGGAGAAAAAGAAGUCCUCAAACAGAAGGAAGCACCCGUCCCUGUACCAAAGAAGGAGGAGGUACCAGAGAAGGUGGUACAAGAGACUCCCGUUGUAAGAGACGAGAGGCCAAUCAGAGUCUUUGCCGCCUAUGAAGACCUUCAAAUCGAUGAGGAAGUUGUGGAGAAGGAGAAGAGAGACGUGGAGGAGAAAGAAAUUGACGAAUACGAAGUCAAAGAUAAGAUUGAAGUAAAGGAGAAGGAGAUAACGGAGAUGAUGGAAAAAGAUCAAGCCUACCGUGAAACCAUUACCCAAAGAGAGGAAGUUGAAAUUGUCACGAAGGAGGAGGAGGAGAAGAUUCAAGAGAAAGAAAUCCUGCCGGUGAAAUUAAAAGAAGAAGAAGUAAAAGAAAUCAAGGAGAAGGAUGAGAAGUUGAAGGAAGUGAAGGUGGAGGAGGAGAUGAAAGAAGAGGUAACAGUCACGGAAGUCAAGAAGGAAUUAAAAGAAGUGGAAGAGAUAAAGGAAGUGAAGGAGAAAGUAAAGGAAGAAGUAAAAGAAGUAAAGGAAGAAGUAAAAGAAGAAAUCAAGAAGGAGGAAGUAAAAGAAGCCAAAGAAGUAAAGGAGGAGAUCAAGAAGGAGGAAGUAAAGGAAGAAGUAAAAGUAAAGGAAGAUAUCAAGAAGGAGGAAAUAGAAGAAGUCAAAGAAGUAAAGGAGGAAGUAAAGAAGGAAGAGGUAAAGGAAAAACUAAAGGAAGAAAUUAAAGAAGUAAAAGAGGAGAUCAAGAAAGAGGAAGUAAAGGAAGAGGAGAAGAAAAAGGAAGACUUAAAGGAGAAGGAAAUUGUUGAAGAGAUUAAGGAGAAGAAGGAAGAUAGGGUUGAAGAAAUAAAACAGAAAGAAGAGCCCAAAGAGAAGAAAGAGGAAAUCAUUAUAAAAGAAAUCACAAAAGUAGGCGAAGUAGAAAAGGUUAAGGAAGAGGUGGUGGAGUUGGAGGAAACAGACGUAACUAAGACAACAAUUACAAAAGACAAGGAACCGAAAACACAAGACCUUACUGAGACUAUCAUUACCGAAACUGAGACGCUGACAAGACGUAGGGACGUGACAGAGGUGACGGAGGAAAUAGUAACACUAGGUAGGAGAAAACCUGAAAUUGCUGAAUUUGUUGGAACAGACAUUAUUAUAGGUAAAGAAGAGGUUAUAAGGGAGGGAGAACUAGAAAAAGUAGUAAGGGAUAUCAGCAGCGAGGAAGAGGAAAUAGUUGAGGAAGUAGUGGAUGGGCUAACGAGGGAAGAAGAAAAAGUUACUGAAUUACUAAAGAGGGAGGUUCUUGAUGAAAAACUUACUAUUGAUGUUGCUACCAAACCCAUUGAUGAAACAGCGGUAUCUCUGUCACCAAAGAGUGAUAUUUCCGUAAGUGCAAGAAGUGACGUCAGCAGCAAAGCGGCAGUUGAAGACGUCACACUCGAAAUGGACAAAAAGGUCAAAGACUUACCAGAAUCCACAAAGAGUGACAUCUCACUUAGUGAAAAGAGUGACGUAAGUUCAAAGGAAAUCGCUGAAAUCAGAGAAGAAGUUACAGAGGAAGUAAGAGAGAUGAAAGAAAGAGAGGUGUUGGAGGAGGAAACGAUAACAAUUGAGGAAAGACGAAGAAGACAACUUUUGACAGAGGUGACAGAAGUGACAGAAUUAACUGAAGUUCUUACCAAAGAGGCAAAGGACGCCCGGCCUUCAGAAAAAGUUCCUUUAUCUCCAGUAAGUGAUUUACCCCUUAGUGAUAUUAGUGAUAGAGAUAAAACUGAUAAGGAAGUUUCCUUGUCCCCAAAAAGUGAUGUUUCUGAAGGGGUAAAGAGUGAUGUAAGUGACAUAAAACUCGACGAAAAACUUUUGAGCCUUAAGGAAGUACUACCCGAACCUACUAAAUUAGUGACAACAGUACCAGAAAAGGAAAGUCCCGAAAAAAUUGAAACAGUUGUUUCCCCUGUCAGUGUUAAAAGCGAUAUUUCAUUACAUGAAAGAAAACUUCCAACCGAUAUCGAAAUCCAGAAAGAUAUAUCAGAGGAAUCUUCAAAAGAGGUAUCGAUAUCUCCAAAAAGUGAUAUUUCGAUUAGUGUUAAAAGCGAACCUAGCAUUAAAAGUGAUAUUGUUACCAAAGAUAUUGAAGAUGAGGUGUCUAGAAAGUCAGAAGACCAGUUACCGGUUUCUCCAAAGAGUGAUAUCUCUAUAAGUAUCAAAAGUGAUGUUAGUACUAAGAGUGAUGUCAAGAAAGACGAGAUCGUGACAAAAGAAGAACUGGAAAAGGUUGAUGUAUCAAAGAUACCUGAAGAAAAGCCUUUAUCUCCGAAGAGUGACAUAUCCGUUAGUGCAAAGAGUGAUGUCAGUGUAAAGAGCGACAUUACUAAAGAAAAAAUAAUCACAAAAGAAAUCAUGGAAGAUAUCACAAUUGAUGUAUCCAAGAAACCUACAGAGGAGGCACCAAUCUCUCCGAAGAGUGACAUUUCUAUCAGUGCAAAGAGUGAUAUCAGUGUUAAGAGUGAUGUCACUACAAAGAGUGAUAUAGACAGAAAAGAAAUUACAAAAGAAGCUAAAGAAAAAAUCCUUGCAGUUGAUAUUUCUCAGCAAGAAAUCAAAGAGAAGCCUCUUUCGCCUAAGAGUGACAUCAGUGAAAAGAGUGAAGUUGAAAAAGAAGACAUCACAAUUGAUGUCUCACAAAUAUCAAAGGAUGAAGCACCAAUCUCACCCAAAAGUGAUAUUUCUAUCAGCAUAAAGAGUGAUAUUAGUGCAAAGAGUGAUGUCAGCGCAAAGAGUGAUGCUGUAAAAGAAGUUACUGAAAAAGAAGCAAAGGAAGAAAUUGCAAUUGAUAUAUCUCAAAAACCAUCAAAAGAAGAAGUGAUUUCUCCAAAAAGUGACAUAUCAGUCAGUGCAAAGAGUGACAUCAGUGCAAAGAGUGAUAUCAGUAAGAAAACUGAAGUUACUAAAGAAGAGGAUGUUUCCAAGGAUAUCAAAGAAGAAAUUAUACUUGACGUGACAAAGAAACCAACUGAUGAGAUACUGAUCUCCCCAAAGAGUGACAUCUCAAUCAGCGCAAAGAGUGACACCAGCGCAAAGAGUGAUAUUGCUAAAGAAAAAGAAAUAAGGGAGGAUGAACUUGUUUCUCCUAAGAGCGAUGUGUCCAUCAGUGUUAAGAGUGAUGUAAGUCCAAAACUAGACAUCACAAAAGAAGUCAAAAAAGAAUUUACAGAAGAAAUUACAGUAACUAAAGAAAUUCAAGAAGAAAUCACAAUUGAUGUGUCUAAAAGACCAGCAGAAGAAGCACCAAUCUCACCAAAAAGUGACAUAUCUAUUAGUGCUAAGAGUGAUGUCAGUGCAGUGAGUGAUCUCGUAAAGGAAGAAAUCGUAACAAGAGAAAUAAAAGAAGAACUGAAAGUUGAUGUGUCUAAAACAGCAACAGAGGAGGCAAUGAUCUCACCAAAGAGUGACAUCUCCAUUAGCGCUAAGAGUGAUGUCAGUGCAAAGAGUGACAUCGUUAAGGAAGAAGUAAUUACAAAGGAAAUUAAAGAUAUCACAGUUGAUAUCACUAAGAAACCAACAGAAGAAGCACCAAUCUCACCAGUAAGUGAUAUUUCCGUCAGUGCCAAGAGUGAUGUCAGUGCAAAGAGUGACAUCGUUAAGGAAGAAGUAAUUACAAAGGAAAUUAAAGAUAUCACAGUUGAUGUCAGUAAGAAACCAACAGAAGAAGCACCAAUCUCACCAGUAAGUGAUAUUUCCGUCACUGCCAAGAGUGAUGUCAGUGCAAAGAGUGACAUCGUUAAGGAAGAAGUAAUUACAAAGGAAAUUACAGUUGAUGUCAGUAAGAAACCAACAGAAGAAGCACCAAUCUCACCAGUAAGUGAUAUUUCCGUCACUGCCAAGAGUGAUGUCAGUGCAAAGAGUGACAUCGUUAAGGAAGAAGUAAUUACAAAGGAAAUUACAGUUGAUAUCACUAAGAAACCAACAGAAGAAGCACCAAUCUCACCAGUAAGUGAUAUUUCCGUCAGUGCCAAGAGUGAUGUCAGUGCAAAGAGUGACAUCGUUAAGGAAGAAGUAAUUACAAAGGAAAUUACAGUUGAUGUCAGUAAGAAACCAACAGAAGAAGCACCAAUCUCACCAGUAAGUGAUAUUUCCGUCACUGCCAAGAGUGAUGUCAGUGCAAAGAGUGACAUCGUUAAGGAAGAAGUAAUUACAAAGGAAAUUACAGUUGAUAUCACUAAGAAACCAACAGAAGAAGCACCAAUCUCACCAGUAAGUGAUAUUUCCGUCAGUGUCAAGAGUGAUGUCAGUGCAAAGAGUGACAUCGUUAAGGAAGAAGUAAUUACAAAGGAAAUUACAGUUGAUGUCAGUAAGAAACCAACAGAAGAAGCACCAAUCUCACCAGUAAGUGAUAUUUCCGUCACUGCCAAGAGUGAUGUCAGUGCAAAGAGUGACAUCGUUAAGGAAGAAGUAAUUACAAAGGAAAUUACAGUUGAUAUCACUAAGAAACCAACAGAAGAAGCACCAAUCUCACCAGUAAGUGAUAUUUCCGUCAGUGCCAAGAGUGAUGUCAGUGCAAAGAGUGACAUCGUUAAGGAAGAAGUAAUUACAAAGGAAAUUACAGUUGAUGUCAGUAAGAAACCAACAGAAGAAGCACCAAUCUCACCAGUAAGUGAUAUUUCCGUCACUGCCAAGAGUGAUGUCAGUGCAAAGAGUGACAUCGUUAAGGAAGAAGUAAUUACAAAGGAAAUUACAGUUGAUAUCACUAAGAAACCAACAGAAGAAGCACCAAUCUCACCAGUAAGUGAUAUUUCCGUCAGUGCCAAGAGUGAUGUCAGUGCAAAGAGUGACAUCGUUAAGGAAGAAGUAAUUACAAAGGAAAUUACAGUUGAUGUCAGUAAGAAACCAACAGAAGAAGCACCAAUCUCACCAGUAAGUGAUAUUUCCGUCAGUGCCAAGAGUGAUGUCAGUGCAAAGAGUGACAUCGUUAAGGAAGAAGUAAUUACAAAGGAAAUUACAGUUGAUGUCACUAAGAAACCAACAGAAGAAGCACCAAUCUCACCAGUAAGUGAUAUUUCCGUCAGUGCCAAGAGUGAUGUCAGUGCAAAGAGUGACAUCGUUAAGGAAGAAGUAAUUACAAAGGAAAUUACAGUUGAUGUCAGUAAGAAACCAACAGAAGAAGCACCAAUCUCACCAGUAAGUGAUAUUUCCGUCACUGCCAAGAGUGAUGUCAGUGCAAAGAGUGACAUCGUUAAGGAAGAAGUAAUUACAAAGGAAAUUACAGUUGAUAUCACUAAGAAACCAACAGAAGAAGCACCAAUCUCACCAGUAAGUGAUAUUUCCGUCAGUGCCAAGAGUGAUGUCAGUGCAAAGAGUGACAUCGUUAAGGAAGAAGUAAUUACAAAGGAAAUUACAGUUGAUGUCAGUAAGAAACCAACAGAAGAAGCACCAAUCUCACCAGUAAGUGAUAUUUCCGUCACUGCCAAGAGUGAUGUCAGUGCAAAGAGUGACAUCGUUAAGGAAGAAGUAAUUACAAAGGAAAUUACAGUUGAUAUCACUAAGAAACCAACAGAAGAAGCACCAAUCUCACCAGUAAGUGAUAUUUCCGUCAGUGCCAAGAGUGAUGUCAGUGCAAAGAGUGACAUCGUUAAGGAAGAAGUAAUUACAAAGGAAAUUACAGUUGAUGUCAGUAAGAAACCAACAGAAGAAGCACCAAUCUCACCAGUAAGUGAUAUUUCCGUCACUGCCAAGAGUGAUGUCAGUGCAAAGAGUGACAUCGUUAAGGAAGAAGUAAUUACAAAGGAAAUUACAGUUGAUAUCACUAAGAAACCAACAGAAGAAGCACCAAUCUCACCAGUAAGUGAUAUUUCCGUCAGUGCCAAGAGUGAUGUCAGUGCAAAGAGUGACAUCGUUAAGGAAGAAGUAAUUACAAAGGAAAUUACAGUUGAUGUCAGUAAGAAACCAACAGAAGAAGCACCAAUCUCACCAGUAAGUGAUAUUUCCGUCACUGCCAAGAGUGAUGUCAGUGCAAAGAGUGACAUCGUUAAGGAAGAAGUAAUUACAAAGGAAAUUACAGUUGAUAUCACUAAGAAACCAACAGAAGAAGCACCAAUCUCACCAGUAAGUGAUAUUUCCGUCAGUGCCAAGAGUGAUGUCAGUGCAAAGAGUGACAUCGUUAAGGAAGAAGUAAUUACAAAGGAAAUUACAGUUGAUGUCAGUAAGAAACCAACAGAAGAAGCACCAAUCUCACCAGUAAGUGAUAUUUCCGUCACUGCCAAGAGUGAUGUCAGUGCAAAGAGUGACAUCGUUAAGGAAGAACUAAUCACAAAGGAAAUCACAGUUGAUGUCAGUAAGAAACCAACAGAAGAAGCACCAAUCUCACCAAAGAGUGAUAUAUCCGUUAGUGCUAAGAGUGAUGUCAGUGCAAAGAGUGACAUUGUUAAGGAAAAAUUAAUUACAAAAGAAAUGAAAGACAUCACAGUUGAUGUCACUAAGAAACCAAUGGAAGAAGCACCUGUCUCACCAAUAAGUGACAUCUCCGUCAGUGCAAAGAGUGAUGUCAGUGCUAAGAGUGACAUCGUACAGGAAGAAGUAAUCACAAAGGAAAUCACAGUUGAUAUCAGCAAGAAACCAACAGAAGAAGCACCAAUCUCACCAAAGAGUGACAUCUCCGUUAGUGCUAAGAGUGAUGUCAGUACAAGGAGUGAUAUCGUUAAGGAAGAAGUAAUUACAAAGGAAAUUACAGUCGAUGUAACUAAAAAGCCGGCAGAAGCACCAAUCUCACCAGUAAGUGAUAUCUCCGUUGAUGCAAAGAGUGAUGUCAGUGCAAAGAGCGACAUCAUAAAGGAAGAAGUAAUUACAAAAGAAAUUAAAGAAAUCACAAUUGAUGUGACUAAGAAACCAACCGAAGAAGCACCAAUCUCACCAAAGAGUGACAUUUCCGUUAGUGCCAAGAGUGAUGUCAGUGCAAAGAGUGACAUCAUUAAGGAAGAAGUAAUUACAAAGGACAUUAAAGAAAUCACAAUUGAUGUCACUAAGAAACCAACAGAAGAAGAACCAGUCUCACCAAAGAGUGACAUCUCUGUUAGUGCAAAGAGUGAUGUCAGUGCAAAGAGUGACAUCGUAAAAGAAGUAAUUGCAAAGGAAAUUACAGUUGAUGCCACUAUGAAACCAACAGAAGAAGAACCAAUCUCACCAGUAAGUGACAUCUCCAUUAGUGCAAGGAGUGAUGUCAGUGCAAAAAGUGACAUCGUUAAGGAAGAAGUAAUUACAAAGGAAAUUAAAGAAAUAACCAUAGAUGUGACUAAGAAACCAAAAGAAGAAGCACCAAUUUCACCAGUAAGUGACAUCUCCGUUACUUCAAAGAGCGAUGUCAGUGCAAAGAGUGACAUCGUUAAGGAAGAACUGAUUACAAAGGAAAUUACAGUUGAUGUCAUUAAGAAACCAACAGAAGAAGAACCAGUCUCUCCAAAGAGUGACAUCUCCGUUAGCGCAAAGAGUGAUGUCAGUGCAAGGAGUGACAUCGGUAAGGAAGCAGUAAUCACAAAGGAAGUUACAGUUGAUGUCACUAAGAAACCAACAGAAGAAGCACCAAUCUCACCUGUAAGUGACAUCUCCGUUAGUGCUAAGAGUGACAUCAGUACUAAGAGUGACAUCACUAAGGAAGAAGUAAUUACAAAGAAAAUUACAGUUGAUGUCACUAAGAAACCAACAGAAGAAGCACCAAUAUCACCAAAGAGUGACAUCUCCGUUAGUGCUAAGAGUGAUGUCAGUGCAAAGAGUGACAUCGUUAAGGAAGAAGUAAUUAAAAAGGAAAUUACAGUUGAUGUGACUAAGAAACCAACAGAAGAAGCACCAAUCUCACCAAAGAGUGAUAUCUCCGUUAGUGCAAAGAGUGAUGUCAGUGCAAAGAGUGACAUCGUUAAGGAAGAACUAAUCACUAAGGAAAUCACAGUUGAUGUGACUAAGAAACCAACAGAAGAAGCACCAAUCUCACCAAAGAGUGAUAUCUCCGUUAGUGCAAAGAGUGAUGUCAGUGCAAAGAGUGACAUCAUUAAGGAAGAACUAAUCACAAAAGAAAUCUCGAUUGAUGUGACUAAGAAACCAACAGAAGAAGCACCAAUCUCACCAAAGAGUGACAUCUCUGUUAGUGCUAAGAGUGAUGUCAGUGCAAAGAGCGACAUCGUUAAGGAAGAAGUAAUUACAAAAGAAAUUACAGUUGAUGUAAGUAAGAAACCAACAGAAGAAGCACCAAUCUCACCAAAGAGUGACAUCUCCGUCAGUGCAAAGAGUGAUGUCAGUGCAAAGAGUGACAUUGUCAAGAAAGAAGUAAUUACAAAGGAGAUUACAGUUGAUGUCACUAAGAAAGAAACAGAAGAAGCACCAAUCUCACCAGUAAGUGACAUCUCAGUUAGUGCUAAGAGUGACGUCAGUGCAAAGAGUGACAUCGUAAAGGAAGAACUUAUCACUAAAGAAAUCACCAUUGAUGUAACGAAAAAACCAACAGAAGAAGCACCAAUCUCACCAAAGAGUGACAUCUCCGUCAGUGCAAAGAGUGAUGUCAGUGCAAAGAGUGACAUCGCUAAGGAAGAACUUAUCACUAAAGAAAUCACCAUUGAUGUAACGAAAAAACCAACAGAAGAAGCACCAAUCUCACCAAAGAGUGACAUCUCCGUCAGUGCAAAGAGUGAUAUUAGUGCAAAGAGUGACAUCGCUAAGGAAGAAGUAAUUACAAAGGAAAUUACAGUUGAUGUCACUAAGAAACCAACAGAAGAAGCACCAAUCUCACCAAAGAGUGACAUCUCCGUCAGUGCAAAGAGUGACAUCGUUAAGGAAGAAGUAAUUACAAAGGAAAUUACAGUUGAUGUCACUAAGAAACCAACAGAAGAAGCACCAAUCUCACCAGUAAGUGACAUCUCAGUUAGUGGAAAGAGUGAUAUCAGUGCAAAGAGUGACAUCGUUAAGGAAGAGCUCAUUACAAAGGAAAUCACUGUUGAUGUGACAAAGAAACCAACAGAAGAAGCACCAAUCUCACCAAAGAGUGACAUUUCCGUUAGUGUUAAGAGUGAUGUCAGUGCAAAGAGUGACAUCGUUAAGGAAGAACUAAUCACUAAGGAAAUCACAGUUGAUGUCACGAAAAAACCAACAGAAGAAGCACCAAUCUCACCAAAGAGUGACAUUUCCGUUAGUGUUAAGAGUGAUGUCAGUGCAAAGAGUGACAUCGUUAAGGAAGAACUAAUCACUAAGGAAAUCACAGUUGAUGUCACGAAAAAACCAACAGAAGAAGCACCAAUCUCACCAAAGAGUGACAUUUCCGUUAGUGUUAAGAGUGAUGUCAGUGCAAAGAGUGACAUCGUUAAGGAAGAACUAAUCACUAAGGAUAUCACAGUUGAUAUCACUAAGAAACCAACAGAAGAAGCACCAAUCUCCCGUAAGAGUGACAUCUCCGUUAGCGUAAAGAGUGAUGUCAGUGCAAAGAGUGACAUCGUUAAGGAAGAACUAAUCACUAAGGAAAUCACAGUUGAUAUCACUAAGAAACCAACAGAAGAAGCACCAAUCUCACCAGUAAGUGAUAUCUCCGUUAGUGGAAAGAGUGAUGUCAGUGCAAAGAGUGACAUCGUUAAGGAAGAACUAAUCACUAAGGAAAUCACAGUUGAUAUCACUAAGAAACCAACAGAAGAAGCACCAAUCUCACCAGUAAGUGAUAUCUCCGUUAGUGGAAAGAGUGAUGUCAGUGCAAAGAGUGACAUCGUUAAGGAAGAAGUAAUUACAAAGGAAAUUACAGUUGAUGUCACUAAGAAACCAACAGAAGAAGCACCAAUCUCACCAAAGAGUGAUAUCUCCGUUAGUGCUAAGAGUGAUGUCAGUGCAAAGAGCGACAUCGUUAAGGAAGAAGUAAUUACAAAGGAAAUUACAGUUGAUAUCACUAAAAAACCAACAGAAGAAGCACCAAUCUCACCAGUAAGUGAUCUCUCCGUUAGUGGAAAGAGUGAUGUCAGUGCAAAGAGUGACAUCGUUAAGGAAGAAGUAAUUACAAAGGAAAUUACAGUUGAUGUCACUAAGAAACCAACAGAAGAAGCACCAAUCUCACCAAAGAGUGACAUCUCCGUCAGUGCAAAGAGUGAUAUCAGUGCAAAGAGUGACAUCGUAAAGGAAGACGUAAUUUCAAAAGAAAUUACAGUUGAUAUCUCCAAGAAGCCAGCAGAAGAAGCACCAAUCUCACCAAAGAGUGACAUCUCCGUCAGUGCAAAGAGUGAUGUCAGUGCAAAGAGUGAUAUUAUCAAGGAAGAAGUAAUUACAAAGGAAAUUACAGUUGAUGUAAGUAAGAAACCAACAGAAGAAGCACCAAUCUCACCAAAGAGUGACAUCUCCGUCAGUGCAAAGAGUGAUGUCAGUGCAAAGAGUGACAUUGUCAAGAAAGAAGUAAUUACAAAGGAGAUUACAGUUGAUGUCACUAAAAAAGACACAGAACAAGCACCAAUCUCACCAGUAAGUGACAUCUCCGUUAGUGCUAAGAGUGACGUCAGUGCAAAGAGUGACAUCGUAAAGGAAGAACUUAUCACUAAAGAAAUCACCAUUGAUGUAACGAAAAAACCAACAGAAGAAGCACCAAUCUCACCAAAGAGUGACAUCUCCGUCAGUGCAAAGAGUGACAUUAGUGCAAAGAGUGACAUCGUUAAGGAAGAAGUAAUUACAAAGGAAAUCACAGUUGAUGUGGCUAAGAAACCAACAGAAGAAGCACCAAUCUCACCAACGAGUGACAUUUCCGUUAGUGUUAAGAGUGAUGUCAGUGCAAAGAGUGACAUCGUUAAGGAAGAAGUAAUUAUAAAGGAAAUUACAGUUGAUGUCACUAAGAAACCAACAGAAGAAGCACCAAUCUCACCAGUAAGUGAUAUCUCCGUUAGUGGAAAGAGUGAUGUCAGUGCAAAGAGUGAUAUCGGUAAGGAAGAACUCAUCACAAAGAAAAUCACUGUUGAUGUGUCAAAGAAACCAAUAGAAGAAGCACCAAUCUCACCUGUAAGUGACAUCUCCGUCAGUGCAAAGAGUGAUGUCAGUGCAAAGAGUGAUAUCGUUAAGGAAGAACUUAUCACUAAAGAAAUCACUAUUGAUGUAACGAAAAAACCAACAGAAGAAGCACCAAUCUCACCAAAGAGUGACAUCUCCGUCAGUGCAAAGAGUGACAUUAGUGCAAAGAGUGACAUCGUUAAGGAAGAAGUAAUUACAAAGGAAAUCACUGUUGAUGUCACUAAGAAACCAACAGAAGAAGCACCAAUCUCACCAAAGAGUGACAUUUCCGUUAGUGUUAAGAGUGAUGUCAGUGCAAAGAGUGACAUCCUUAAGGAAGAAGUAAUUACAAAGGAAAUUACAGUUGACGUCACUAAGAAACCAGUAGAAGAGAUACCAAUUUCACCAAAGAGUGACAUCUCCGUCAGUGCAAAGAGUGAUGUCAGUGCAAAGAGUGACAUCGUUAAGGAAGAAGUCGUUACAAAGGAAAUUAUAGUUGAUGUCAGUAAGAAGCCAACAGAAGCACCAAUCUCACCAGUAAGUGACAUCUCCGUCAGUGCAAAGAGUGAUGUCAGUGCAAAGAGUGACAUUGUCAAGGAAGAAGUAAUUACAAAGGAGAUUACAGUUGAUGUCAGUAAGACACCAACAGAAGCACCAAUCUCACCAGUAAGUGACAUCUCUGUUAGUGUAAAGAGUGAUGUCAGUGCAAUGAGUGACAUCGUUAAGGAGGAAGUAAUCAAAAAGGAAAUUACAGUUGAUGUUAGUAAGAAACCAACAGAAGAAGCACUAGUCUCACCAAAGAGUGACAUCUCUGUUAGUGCCAGGAGUGAUAUUAGUGCAAAGAGUGAUGUAGUUAAGGAAGAAGUAAUUACAAAAGAAAUUACAGAUGACCUCACUAAGAAACCAAAAGAAGCACCAAUUUCACCAAUAAGUGACAUCUCCGUUAGUGAUAAGAGUGACAUCGUAAAGGAAGAAAUAAUCAAAAAAGAAGUUAUAGUUGAUGUCACUAAGAAACCAACAGAAGAAGAACCAAUCUCACCAGUAAGUGACAUCUCCGUUACUUCAAAGAGCGAUGUCAGUGCAAAGAGUGACAUCGUUAAGGAAGAAGUAAUUACAAAAGAAAUUACAAUUGAUGUCACUAAGAAACCAACAGAAGAAGCACCAAUCUCACCAGUAAGUGACAUCUCCGUUACUUCAAAGAGCGAUGUCAGUGCAAAGAGUGACAUCGUUAAAGAAGAAGUAAUUACAAAAGAAAUUACAAUUGAUGUCAGUAAGAAACCAACAGAAGAAGCACCAGUCUCACCAACGAGUGACAUUUCCGUUAGUGCAAAGAGUGAUGUCAGUGCAAAGAGUGACAUCAUUAAGGAAGAUGUAAUUACAAAAGAAAUUACAGUUGAUGUCACUAAGGAAACGAAAGAAGAAGCACCAAUAUCACCAAAGAGUGAUAUCUCUGUUAGUGCUAAGAGUGAUGUCAGUGGAAAGAGCGACAUCGUUAAGGAAGAGGUAAUUACAAAGGAAAUUACAGUUGAUAUCACUAAGAAACCAACAGAAGAAGCAAUAAUCUCACCAAAGAGUGACAUCUCCGUUAGUGUCAAGAGUGAUAUCAGUGCAAAGAGUGACAUCGUUAAGGAAGAAGUAACUGCAAAGGAUAUGAAAGAAAUUACAAUUGAUGUGACAAAGAAACCAACAGAAGAAGCACCAAUCUCACCAGCAAGUGACAUCUCCGUUAGUGCGAAGAGUGAUGUAAGUGCAAAGAGUGACAUCGUUAAGGAAAAAGUAAUAACAAAAGAAAUUUCAGUUGAUAUCACUAAGAAACCAACAGAAGAAGCACCAAUCUCACCAGUAAGUGAUAUCUCGAUUAGCGCAAAGAGUGAAGUUAGUGCAAAGAGUGACAUCGUUAAAGAAGAAUUUAUUACAAAAGAAAUUAAAGAAAUCACAGUUGAUAUCACUAAGAAACCAACAGAAGAAGCACCAAUCUCACCAGUAAGUGAUAUCUCCGUUAGUGGAAAGAGUGAUGUCAGUGCAAAGAGUGACAUCGUUAAGGAAGAACUAAUCACUAAGGAAAUCACAGUUGAUAUCACUAAGAAACCAACAGAAGAAGCACCAAUCUCACCAGUAAGUGAUAUCUCGAUUAGCGCAAAGAGUGAAGUUAGUGCAAAGAGUGACAUCGUUAAAGAAGAAUUUAUUACAAAAGAAAUUAAAGAAAUCACAGUUGAUGUGACUAAGAAACCAACAGAAGAAGCACCAAUCUCACCAAAGAGCGACAUCUCUGUUAGUGCCAAGAGUGAUGUCAGUGCAAAGAGUGACAUCGUUAAGGAAGAAGUAGAAAAAGCACCAAUCUCUCCUGUAAGUGACAUCUCAGUUAGUGCGAAGAGUGAUGUCAGUGCUAAGAGUGACAUUGUCAAGGAAGAAGAAAUCACAAAGGAAAUCACGGUUGAUGUGACCAAAAAACCAACGGAAGAAGCACUAAUCUCACCAAAAAGUGACAUCUCUGUUAGUGCUAAGAGCGACUUAAGUGCAAAGAGUGACAUCAUGAAGGAAGAAGUUAUUUCAAAGGAAAUCACAAUAGAUGUCACGAAAAAACCUACAGAAAAAGCACUAAUCUCACCUGUAAGUGACAUUUCCGUUAGUGCUAAGAGUGAUGUUAGUGCUAAGAGUGACAUUGUUAAGGAAGAAGUAAUUUCAAAGGAUAUCACAGUUGAUGUCAGUAAGAAACAAACAGAAGAAGCACCAGUCUCACCUGUAAGUGACAUCUCUGUUAGUGCUAAGAGUGACAUCAGUGCAAAGAGUGACAUCGUUAAGGAAGAAGUAAUUACUAAAGAAAUUACAGUUGAUGUCUCUAAGAAACCAAUAGAAGAAGUACCAAUCUCACCAGUAAGUGACAUCUCAGUCAGUGCAAAGAGUGAUGUUAGUGCAAAGAGUGACAUCGUUAAGGAAGAAGUAAUUACAAAGGAAAUUACACUUGAUGUGACUAAGAAACCAACAGAAGAAGCACCAAUCUCACCAAAGAGUGACAUCUCCAUUAGUGCAAAGAGUGAUAUUAGUGCAAAGAGUGACAUCGUUAAGGAAGAGCUCAUUACAAAGGAAAUCUCUGUUGAUGUGACAAAGAAACCAACAGAAGAAGCACCAAUCUCACCAAAGAGUGACAUCUCCGUCAGUGCAAAGAGUGAUGUCAGUGCAAAGAGUGACAUUGUCAAGGAAGAAGUAAUUACAAAGGAGAUUACAGUUGAUGUCACUAAGAAAGAAACAGAAGAAGCACCAAUCUCACCAGUAAGUGACAUCUCCAUUAGUGCAAAGAGUGACAUCGUUAAGGAAGAAGUAAUUACAAAGGAAAUCACAGUUGAUGUAACUAAGAAACCAACAGAAGAAGCACCAAUCUCACCAAAGAGUGACAUCUCCGUUAGUGCAAAGAGUGAUGUCAGUGCAAAGAGUGACAUCGUUAAGGAAGAAGUAAUUACAAAGGAAAUUACAGUUGAUGUGACUAAGAAACCAACAGAAGAAGCACCAAUCUCACCAAAGAGUGAUAUUUCCAUUAGUGCUAAAAGUGAUGUCAGUGCAAAGAGUGACGUCGUUAAGGAAGAAGUAAUUACAAAGGAAAUUACCGUUGAUGUCACUAAAAAACCAACAGAAGAAGCACCAAUCUCACCUGUAAGUGACAUCUCCGUUAGUGCAAAGAGUGACAUUAGUGCAAAGAGUGACAUCGUUAAGGAAGAAGUAAUUACAAAGGAAAUCACAGUUGAUGUGACUAAGAAACCAACAGAAGAAGCACCAAUCUCACCAAAGAGUGACAUCUCCGUUAGUGCAAAGAGUGAUGUCAGUGCAAAGAGUGACAUCGUUAAGGAAGAAGUAAUUACAAAGGAAAUUACAGUUGAUGUGGCUAAAAAACCAACAGAAGAAGCACCAAUCUCACCAACGAGCGACAUCUCCGUUAGUGCUAAGAGUGAUGUCAGUGCUAAGAGUGACAUCGUUAAGGAAGAACUAAUCACUAAGGAAAUCACAGUUGAUGUGACUAAGAAACCAACAGAAGAAGCACCAAUCUCACCAAAGAGUGACAUCUCCGUUAGUGCAAAGAGUGAUGUCAGUGCAAAGAGUGACAUCGUUAAGGAAGAAGUAAUUACAACGGAAAUCACAGUUGAUGUGACUAAGAAACCAACAGAAGAAGCACCAAUCUCACCAAAGAGUGACAUCUCCGUUAGUGCUAAGAGUGAUGUCAGUGCAAAGAGUGACGUCGUUAAGGAAGAAGUAAUUACAAAGGAAAUUACCGUUGGUGUCACUAAAAAACCAACAGAAGAAGCACCAAUCUCACCAGUAAGUGAUAUCUCCGUUAGUGUUAAGAGUGAUGUCAGUGCAAAGAGUGACAUCGUUAAGGAAGAAGUAAUUACAAAGGAAAUCACAGUUGAUGUGACUAAGAAACCAACAGAAGAAGCACCAAUCUCACCAAAGAGUGACAUCUCCAUUAGCGCAAAGAGUGAUAUCAGUGCAAAGAGUGACAUCGGUAAGGAAGCAGUAAUCACAAAGGAAAUUACAGUUGAUGUCACUAAAAAACCAACAGAAGAAGCACCAAUCUCACCUGUAAGUGACAUCUCCGUUAGUGCAAAGAGUGACAUCGUUAAGGAAGAAGUAAUUACAAAGGAAAUUACAGUUGAUGUGGCUAAAAAACCAACAGAAGAAGCACCAAUCUCACCAACGAGCGACAUCUCCGUUAGUGCUAAGAGUGAUGUCAGUGCUAAGAGUGACAUCGUUAAGGAAGAACUAAUCACUAAGGAAAUCACAGUUGAUAUCACUAAAAAACCAACAGAAGAAGCACCAAUCUCACCAAAGAGUGAUAUUUCCAUUAGUGCUAAGAGUGAUGUCAGUGCAAAGAGUGACGUCGUUAAGGAAGAAGUAAUUACAAAGGAAAUUACCGUUGAUGUCACUAAAAAACCAACAGAAGAAGCACCAAUCUCACCAAAGAGUGACAUCUCCGUUAGUGUUAAGAGUGAUAUCAGUGCAAAGAGUGACAUCGUUAAAGAAGUUAUUACAAAAGAUAUUAAAGAAAUCACAGUUGAUGUCACUAAGAAACCAACAGAAGAAGCACCAAUCUCACCAAAGAGUGACAUCUCCGUUAGUGCAAAGAGUGACAUCGCUAAGGAAGAACUAAUCAUUAAGGAAAUCACAGUUGAUAUCACCAAAAAACCAACAGAAGAAGCACCAAUCUCACCAAAGAGUGACAUCUCCCUUAGUGCAAAGAGUGAUGUCAGUGCAAAGAGUGACAUCGUUAAAGAAGUUAUUACAAAAGAUAUUAAAGAAAUCACAGUUGAUGUCACUAAGAAACCAACAGAAGAAGCACCAAUCUCACCAAAGAGUGACAUCUCCGUUAGUGCAAAGAGUGAUGUCAGUGCAAAGAGUGACAUCGUUAAGGAAGAACUAAUCACUAAGGAAAUCACAGUUGAUAUCACUAAGAAACCAACAGAAGAAGCACCAAUCUCACCAAAGAGUGACAUUUCCAUUAGUGCAAAAAGUGAUGUCAGUUCAAAGAGUGACAUCGUUAAGGAAGAAGUAAUUACAAAGGAAAUUUCCGUUGAUGUUACUAAAAAACCAACAGAAGAAGCACCAAUCUCACCAAAAAGUGACAUCUCCGUUAGUGCUAAGAGUGAUGUCAGUGCUAAGAGUGACAUCGUUAAGGAAGAACUAAUAACAAAGGAAAUCACAGUUGAUAUCACCAAGAAACCAUCAGAAGAAGCGCCAGUCUCACCAAAGAGUGACAUAUCUGUUAGUGCUAAGAGUGAUGUCAGUACAAGGAGUGACAUCAUUAAGGAAGAUGUAAUUAGAAAGGAAAUUACAGUUGAUGUCACUAAGAAACCAACAGAAGAAGCACCAAUCUCACCAAAGAGUGACAUCUCCGUUAGUGUAAAGAGUGAUGUCAGUGCAAAGAGUGACAUCAUUAAGGAAGAUGUAAUUAUAAAGGAAAUUACUGUUGAUGUCACUAAGAAAACGACAGAAGAAGCACCAAUCUCACCAAAGAGUGAUAUCUCUGUUAGUGCCAAGAGUGAUGUCAGUGCAAAGAGUGACAUCGUUAAGGAAGAAGUAGUUACAAAGGAAAUUACAAUUGAUGUCACUAAGAAACCAACAGAAGCACCAAUCUCACCAGUAAGUGACAUCUCCGUCAGUGCAAAGAGUGAUGUCAGCGCAAAGAGUGACAUUGUCAAGGAAGAAGUAAUUUCAAAGGAAAUCACAGUCGAUGUCACGAAAAAACCAACAGAAAAAUCACUAGUGUCUCCUGUAAGUGAUAUCUCCCUUAGUGCUAAGAGUGAUAUCAGUGCAGAGAGUGAAGUAAAAGAGCAAGUAACAACUAAAGUAACUGAGGAAGAAAUUAAACUUGAUAUAUCAAGGAAGCCAGUGGAAGAAGCACCCGUUUCUCCAAAGAGCGAUGUUUCUGUAAGCCUUAAAAGUGAAGCCAGUGUAAAGAGCGAUAGUUUGAAGGAAGAUGUGAUCUCUAAAGAUGUAAAGGAAGAUGUCACCAUUGACGCAUCCAAGUUACAAACAGAAAUACUCACCUCUCCAACGAGUGAUAUCUCUAUCAGCGCUAAGAGUGAAGUUAGCGAAAAGAGUGACAUCGUAAAGGAAGAGAUAGUAACAAAAGAAAUAAAGGAAGAAAUUAAGGUUGAUGUCGCAAAGAAACCAGUAGACGAACCACUAGCCUCUCCAAAGAGCGACAGGUCUGUAAGCACGAAGAGUGAUGUGAGCGCAAAGAGUGAUGUCGGAAAGGAAGAGAUCAUUACAAAAGAAAUUAAAGACAUUACACUUGAAAUCUCAAAGAAAUCAGGAGAAGAGUCACCUAUCUCUCCAAAGAGUGACAUUUCCAUCAGCGCCAAGAGCGAUGACAGUGCUAAGAGUGAUGUCACUUCAAAAAGUGACAUUGUAAAGGAAAAAGUUGACAUCAAAGAGAUUAUGGAAGAAACCACAGCUGUUGUGCCUAAGAAGCCAUCUGAAGAUGUACUAAUGUCUCCUAAGAGUGACGUUUCUGUUAGUGGUAAGAGUGAUAUUAGUAGUAUAAAGAGUGACAUCUCAAAGGAAAUCAAAGAAGAAAAACCCGCUGAUGUGCCUCCGAAGCAGAAAGAUGAAGCAGCAUUAUCUCCAAAGAGUGACAUAUCAGUCAGUGCUAAGAGUGACAUUAGUGUAAAGACUGAUUCCACUAAAGAUGAUGCCGGAAAGGAGAUAAUGAAGGAAAUCUUACCAGUUGAUGUGUCAAAGAAAUCAGAAGCCUCUGUCUCUCCAAAGAGUGAUGUAUCUGUUAGUAUUAAGAGUGAUAUCAGUGCAAAGAGUGACAUUGAGAAAAAGAUAGCUGGAGAAAAGACAGAGGAAGACAAGUCUGAAAAAACAGAUGUAUCUGCUUCUUCAAAGAGUGAAGGAAAGAAAGAUCAGUUCGAUUUAACUUCUCCCGAAAGUUUCUUUUCUGUAAGUAUGAGAAGUCAUGUUGUAGAGACAGUAAUGCUGAGGCCUCUUACCAUCGAUGUCACCCCCAAAGAGGAGGAGGCAGUUUCACCCAAAAGUGACAUAUCUAGUACCGAUAUUAGUUCAAGGGACAUUUCUGAGGGAAUUCUGAAAAUCGAUACAUCAAGGAAAUCUCCAGAAGUUCCUGUUUCUCCAAGAAGUGAUGUUUCUCCAAGUGGAAAGAGCGACAUCAGUACAAGAAGUGAACUCAGUUCAAAGGAAGUCAAAGAAGAAAUUAUGACAACCGAAGUAUCCAAGAAAAUUUCCGAGGUUACUAUUUCCACUAGCACUGAUGUAGCCAAGGAAAAGAAAGAAGAAAAGACCACAUCUGAAAUUACUGAAAAAGACAUAAAACUACGUCCCGAAUCACCACCUAGUGAAAUUUCUUCCAGCAUUAAGUCAGAUCUGAGUCCUAAAGAUACAUCAAAGAAGUCUAUGGAAGAAGAACCUCUGUCACCUAAGAGCGAUAUUUCUACUAGUAUGAAGAGUGAAGUAAGCCUUAAAGAUGAUACUCAAAAAACUAAAACAGAGCCAAAAUUACCAUCACCUCCUUCUGAUGGUAAGAUCGAAAUAGUGAGUCCUAAAGUUGACAUUACUAAAGCACCCACAGUAAAGGAUUCAGAGCCUUACUUGGAAGGUGGGGUUGUGGAAGAGCCCGUCUAUGGUGUGUUAAAGGCAGAACGCGCUGAAAUAGUGACAGUCUCCCCAGACACAACUCCUGGUUCUCCUCCUAUGUCUCCCUCACUCAGGGAAAUCGGUAUGGCAGGAAUAUCUCUUGUGAAAGGCCUCGAAACAUUAGAACAUCGGGAAGAAAAGGAUGUUAUGGCCACUUCUGUUUAUGAAGAAACCACGACGGUGUUCAAAUCUACCACUAGUGCCAUUAGUGACCACGGCACGAUUGAUGUUAUGACAACAUCUAUGCAUCAAGAUUUUGAUGCCAUGACCACAUCAAUAUACGAGCCAAGUCGAGAUAUCAUGACUUCAUCUAUGUAUGGGGAUGACUUCGGUUUGCACGAUGACACAUUGCCAGAGUCAUCCACUGAAGCCUUAACUAGAAUUAAGAAAAAAGACGAUAUCAUGUCAACUUCCAUGUACGGUAGUCUCGAUGACAGAGGAUUCGAUGAACCCAUAGAGAAAACUGCUGAAGAUCUAACAUCUCCUCGCAGUGUUACUUUUGGAAAAACGCAAGAAGUUGAAGAUGGUAGGGAAACCAUUUCACCAAGAACAACUGAAGAAGACAGUGAAAAAUAUCAGCCAGUCUCUCCAAGGAGUGAUUUGUCAUCGGAAAUGUACCAAAUGCCGUCUAUAUCUCCGCGCAGCGACGGAUAUGAGGCGGAAUUGAGCGGCCAGUAUGAAGAGAGAGAUGAUCAGGUUCCUUCAUCUCCUCGCUCUGACAUCUCCUCGAUAUCAGAUGUAAUGAGAAGAGAGCAAAGAAAGCAGCUUGGCACAGAAACGACAUUAACAGAAGCUACAACUACAACUACAACUGUUCAUCGUGAAGUUGUGGACAGCGGCAGAUCAAUGUCCCCGAAGAGCGACACAACCAUCAGUGAUGUGGUUGCAAAGGAUGGCUUGGACUCUCUAGAUUCCUUUAGGCUACAACCCGUUCUUGGAAGCGAUAAAGAGCCCGAUGAGGGAAAACCAAUCUCUCCUCGCAGUGAUGUGUCAGGCAAAGAUUCUGCUUUUGAAGAGCGAGACAAAAUGUCAAGUCUAGAGAGCCAUACAAUGCCUUCUCUUCCUUUGGAUAGUAAAGUCUCUCAUCCAGAGACAUCCAUAUACUCUACUAUAACAGAAAAGGUGACAGAGUUCAUUCAAGAAACAUUCCCUGCCCCAGACAGGAAAACUAUUCUUGAAGAGGAACCUAUCCUUCCAAAAGAUUUGGAAAGCACAAAGAGCGAAAGCACCACAUUAGCAACAAGCGUAGUUAGCACUAUUGAUAGCACAAAAGCCCUCAUUGAGGAAACCAGAGAAUUACUGCGAAGCACAAAGGCACCAGUGACAAAAGAUGACAGUAUUACGUCACAGGCAAAGACUGAACCCUCACCAGAAGAGGACACCUCUUCUAGCUCCAAACAGGAACCCGCCACUCCCUCAGUGACUCAGGAAGCCAUCAUGGUAUCUCCUAAAAGCGAUUUCUCCAUAAGCUCAAAGAGUGACGUUACUUCAAUGGACGUCAAGGACCUUCCUAAAGAUCCUUCUCUCAGGGAUGGUGAGUCUAAGCCGCCGACUACCUCACCAAGCAGUGAUGUCUCGGAGGAAAUCUUUAAAGAGGAUCUAAAAGAUGUUGCUGUUAAACCCGUCACCGAAGUAAAAGAUGUCGUCCAAGAUAUCACUACAGCUGUGACGUCCAUUGAAGAAACUCCUAUUACUAAAACUUCCUUCAUGGACUUCAAGGAGCCCGUUUCUCCUCCUCCUUCACCUGAGAAGUCUAUAGGAAAAGGUGACACCUCACUCUCUUCUACUACGUCCUCCCAUCCAGAAAGUGAAUCCUUAUCCUCUGUGCAGGUGAAGCCAGACUCCUCAAGGCCUGACGUUCCGUCAUCUGUGGCACCCAUUUCAUCUCUCAUCUCAUCUGUAUAUGAUACAUCACUCACCAUCACCUCCACAUCCACCGCCAUCACAAAAGCCACGAAGACACCAAUUCCCAUAGCUAAACCGUCAGACCUUCCCCAGCCUGAACUCACCAAAUCCGAAAAAGAAUCACCAUCCUCGACGACUUCUUCUCUCCCCUCCGACGAAGAGGAUGCUGAGACAAAACUUAGGGAGUCCCCUCUAGCCGAACCAAUUAAAAGGCCGGUCGAUGAGGUAACCGAAAUUACUUUGAGUAAGACACACACCGAGCAAGUGUCCACUGAAGAGUACAAGUCCGUCACUGCCAUUACCGAUAAGUCUGUUUCUUAUAAGGAAGUCGCCACCAGUCUUGAGUCCACAAAAGAAACCCCAACAAAACCCACUGAAGAAGGAAAACCAGUCAAGGUGUACGAACUUACCAAAGAUGUUUCAAAGCUGUUAGAAGAAAAGCCCAAGGACACCAUGCCUGUAAAGGAAGAGAAGCCUCAAGUUGAAGAAGUUCUAGAAAAAGUAGAGAAAAAAGAAAUACCUAUUGAAAAGAAACCCACAGAAGGAAAACUAGCCGAGGUAAAGACACUAGAAGAGAAGAAACUCGCAGAAGACAAACCUGCCGAGGUGAGGAAAGCAGAAGAGAAGGAACCUGUAAAAGAAAAACCUGCAGGGGAGAAGAAAGCAGAAGAUAAGAGACCUGCAGAAGAAAAACCUACUGAGAUUAAAAAAGCAGAAGAAAAGAAACCCACACUAGAAAAACCUGCUGAGGUGGAGAAACCUGCAGACAAGAAACUUGUGGAAAAAGAAAAACCUGAUGAUAAACAACUUGAUGUCACGAAAGAAACAACAACUACCACCACCACAACCACAAUCAGUAAGGAAGAAGCAAGAACAGAAAUUUCUGAAAAGGAGCAACCUUCUAAGGAACUAGAAGAGGGAAGAUUACCAACAGAGAUUAUAAAGAAAAUCGAAGAACCAUCUACAACUAAAACCGUAACCAGGACCAUCAUUAAAAGAACUAUUGUUGAUGGUGUGCCCGUAGAAACUGUAGAAACAGUAGAAGGGGAACCAGAAGGGGAUGAAGAGUUCGAUGAAGAUUCUUCAUAUGAAUCUGUAACAAGAACAAUUACUAAGACAACAAUGGUUGACGGUAAACCAGUUGAAACAGUUGAGAUUAAGAAACCCGAUGAUGCAAAGAAACAAUUCGGAGAAUCAUCAUCUACCGAAACAGUAACAAGAACAAUCAUCCGCAGAACCAUCGUCGACGGUGUUCCUGUAGAGACUGAAGAAACCAUAGAAGGUGAGCCCGAAGAAACGUCUGAAGGCUCAGACGAAUCUCCUCCUGGAACAAUAACGAGAACAAUUACAAGAAGGAGUACGAUUGUCGAUGGUGAAAUCAAAGAGACGAUCGAAACGUUACAAGAGCCCUCUACUGACACUGUAACCAGAACUACCAUUAAGAGAACCAUGGUAGAUGGUGAACCAAAAGAUACAAUUGAUACUAUUGAAAAGUUGUCAAAGAGUGAGACAGAUGAGUCUGAUCACGAACCAGAGGAAGGUAAGACAGUGUCUACAGCCGUAGUGAAGACAAUUUUGAUCGAAGGAGAGCCGAAGGAAGUUACUGAAAAAGUUGUUGAGCCAUCAUCAACGGAAACAGUGACAAGAACAGUAAUCAGAAGAAUUAUAGUUGACGGUAAGCCUGUAGAGACCGUGGAAACCAUAGAAGGAGAGCCUAAAGAAACUCCAGAAGAUACGGAAACAUCUACUACUACUACAACCGUAACACGAAAAGUAAUUAGAAGAACCAUUGUUGAUGGAAAGCCAGUAGAAAUCGAAGAAACCGUGGACGGUGAACCUGAGGACAUGCCAGAAGAUGUAGAACCUAGCACCACUACAACUAUAACAAGAACCAGGAAAAUAAUUAGAAAAACCAUAGUUGAUGGCAAGGAAGUAGAAACCGUAGAAACCAUGGAUGAUGAACCUGAAGAAAUUCUAGAAGAAACAGAACCAUCGUCUACUACAACUGUUACCCGAAAAGUAAUAAGGAGAACUAUAGUGGACGGUAAGGAAGUUGAAACUGUAGAAAGUAUGGACGAUGAACCUGUAGAAGUGCCUGAAGAUGUAGAACCAACCGUUACUACAACUGUAACUAGAAAAGUAAUAAGAAAAACUAUCGUGGACGGAAAGGAGGUAGAAACAGUAGAAACCCUUGAUGGUGAACCUGAAGAAAAGCCUGAAGAUGUAGAACCAACCGUUACUACAACUGUAACCAGAAGGGUAAUAAGAAAAACCAUAGUAGAUGGAAAAGAAGUAGAAAGCGAAGAAAUCCUUGGAGAACCCGAAGAGAUGGUUGAAACUAUUGUGGAACCAUCCGAUACAACAACUGUAACAAAGAAAGUGAUCAGAAGAACUAUUGUAGAUGGGAAGCCAGUAGAAACUGUGAAAACAGUGGAAGGGCAGCCGGAUGAUGAAAAGUCUAAAGCUGAAGUUGAGGAAGAUGUUAAAGAAGGAGAGCAAGUGACAACAAGUAAAACUGUAAAGAGAACCAUUGUGAAAAGAACAGUAGUAGACGGCGUUCCGGUGGAGACUGUAGAAACUGUCGUUGGAGAGCCAGAGGAUGAAGAAGAACCAUCUGAGCAGUCGCUCAUUAUUGAAACUGUACCUAAAGCAACCGCUAAAAUAGCGCUAAGUGAAAAGCCCAAAGAUAUUAUAGGAAAGGAUGCUGAAACAUCGUCCAUGGAAACUGUCAAAAGAACUAUUAUCAGAAAAGUCAUAGUUGAUGGGAAACCAGUUGAGACUGUAGAAAUACUUGAUGGAGAACCAGAAAAGUUUGAGACGGAGGGUGAAGAAACAACGACAAGAACCAUUACUAAAAGAACAAUCAUUGAUGGCAAACCAGUGGAAACAGUGGAGACCGUUGAAACAGAGCCUGAAGAAAUGGAAGAAACAGAAUCUUCUACAACAACUGUAACAAGGACAAUAAUUAGAAAAACUAUUGUUGAUGGGAAGCCGGUAGAAACAGUUGAAACCAUAGAAGAUCCUAAAAAAAUGGAAGACACUAUACAACCAUCAUGUACUACUAAAGUCACCAAAACUAUAAAGAGAAGAAUUAUAGUUGAUGGCAAGCCAGUAGAAACCGUAGAAACCGUUGAAGGAGAACCUGAAGAGACAGAAGAAACUGUUAUAGAACCAUCAACCACCACAACUGUAACGAGAAAAAUAAUCAAGAGAACUAUUGUUGAUGGUGUUCCUGUAGAAACCGAGGAGACUGUAAGUGACGGAGAAGCUGAGGAACACUCUAGUGCCGGUACAAUAACAACAACCUUUACUACGAGAACUGUUGUAGACGGAGAAGCCAAAGAGAGGGUUGUAACAUCCAAAGAGCCACUCGAUCCCGAGGCUUCUGAGAAAACAACAACCACAACAACUACCAUCAAGAAAAGUUCAGUUAGUGGUCGCGAUUCAGUCAGUGAAGAAUUAGAUGAUGAGAGUGUAAGCAGAACCGUAAAAAGAACAGUAAUCAGGCGAACUAUAAUUGAUGGUGUUCCAGUAGAGACUGUAGAGACUGUUGAGGGAGAACCAGAUGAAUAUGAAGAAACAUUUGAAGAACCAGUAUAUACUGGAACGGUUACCAAGACUGUCACAAGGAAAUCCAUUGUAGACGGUGAAGCAAAGGAAACUGUAGAAACAACUGAGGAGCCACUGAAGGCAACUACAGAGAAAUCACGAAUCGAUAGCAGCAGUGAAGCUCCGGAGACUUUCCUUCCUAGAGAAAUUGAGUGCGUCCCGCGACUUACGGUCACGAGAACUAGUAUCGAAGGUGGAGCCAGAAUACCACUGUAUGAACCAUCUUCAGAAACAGUGACAACUAAGACAGUCAUCAAGAAAACAACUAUUGGAGGUGAAGAGCAAACAGAAACCACGGAAACAAGCGAAGAUGAAUUUGGUGACACUGUGACCAAAACAACCGUUACAAAGUCAGUGACAGAUAGUACGGAACCUGGAAAGAAGGAAACCUCUGAAGUGAAGGAAAUGAAGAAAAAGGUCUCUGAAAGUGAAAGUGUGAGUGCCAUUACUAGUGUGACGCACACCAUGAUGAGUGAAAGCAAAACGAAGGCGGACACAUCCACCACAUCUACUACCACUACCACGUCAUCUGAAGCCAAGGCUUCAGAAACGACAAGUGAGGUAGCCAGUGUAAAAUCUAAAAUAGAAGAAGACACCUCUUGCACGUAUGAAGCAUCAUCUAAAGACGUGAAAACUUCGAGCAUAACGGCGACCAGCAAAGUCAGUUUACAGGAGACAGAUAAAACAUUUACCAGUAAGCACUCUGUCAGCGAGAUCUCUCGGUCAUCUGAUGUUUAUCAAGAGGAUAUCAGGAGUUCCAGGGAAUCUAUUUCCGCUGCUGACGAAUCAGUGCACGAACGAGUGAGUGCAGUACGAAAAUCAUCAACCAGCAGCACAGAGGGUACACCAAGCAGCCCUAGGACUGGCCGAGUGGUCGUAAGGAAGGUUACUACAGUCAUUACCAAAUAUUACGACGAUGGCGAAGAGGUGGAAAUGGAGGAGCUCCCCGGCGAAGAGGUAGUUGAGGUUCUUGGUGAUCAGCAAGUUUCUGAGGACAUUCUGCGUAGGAUUUCCGGCUCAUCUUCCCUCCCUCACACUACAAGAAAAUAUUCUGGACAUGGGCCACCAGGUACGCCAAAGAGUUUUACAACUUGGACGAGUGAGGAAUCACUCAGCGGCGAUCCGACGGUCAUCACACGCACCACCCGUACUACCAUCAGCGACAGUGAUACCGAUGCUUCAGAGGGAGUGGUCACCAGCACAGUCACCAGUGUUACGCGGCGACUUAUGAGUGAUGACGCCUCUGAUAAAGAUGAAAGACCAAGAUCUGCAAGCAGUGAUGCUCAAGCGUCUAGCAGCGAGCCAUCAGGAUUCGGCCCCCAAUACGGAGCGACCGGGGCUCAAUACCAGGAAGAAUAUGAUGAUGAGCCUGUCUACGAGUUCCGUCCACCUCCCGGAGGUCCACUAGAACCGUUCAUGUACGGCGAACACGAGGGAGAUUUCGAUAACGGGAACCUGCCGUCAAGAGCGAGGGUUCCCUCAGCUACUGAGGCUGAAGACAAAAUCAACAUGAACCAAACACAAACGAGUUCUUCCGUCACUACUACCGUCGUAAGACAACAAGUAGCUACGACGACGAAGGGGAGUGCAACUACGUCUUCAGCUCCGACCUCUUCUACAACAACGUCCACCUCCUCGGCAGCAAAGGAAGCUAAGGAAACGUUACAAAAGUGGGGAAAGCCACUUGGCCUGCCAUCACCCGUGCCUUUACCUACGCCACACCCUCCCUCCGACAGUCCAAAGCCGCAAAGUCCUCAGAAGGAACGUAAAACCAGUAGGAGGAUUAAACGAUCAGGGCCGCCAGUGUACCUAGACUUGGCCUACGUUCCUCACGCUGCCAACCCCAACUAUUCUAAUGCAGACUUCUUCAGGAGAGUGCGGGCCAGAUAUUACGUCUUCUCUGGCAUCGACCCAGGCAGAGAAGUGUUGGACGCCUUGCUGGAGGCAAAGAUGGAGUGGGAAGAUAAAGAAAUGGAAGUUACGAUCAUUCCCACUUACGAUACGGACGCCCUUGGUUACUGGGUCGCAGCCAAUGAAGACGCCCUCAUUGCCAACAAGAUUGACUUGGCUCCGUCAGCCUCCCGCUGCACUAUCAACCUGCAAGACCAUGAGACAAGCUGCAACGCCUACCGCCUCGAGUUCUAAGCGCCUUUAUCUUUCAGAACACCAACACAAUCACCGCCGCCCAAAAACAUGUACUUAAUCACUACCAUAUCUUUCAAAACUCGACAAGAAAUUAUCUGAAAUAGUAAUGUACUAUCACAAAAUCCGCCAGAACGAAACAUUAGAACCAUCUUCAGGGACGCCUGAUAGGUGGUCCCUCUUCCCUGCUGCCUUCCAUAACAACUUAGAGCUCCGAAAAUGCCGUCUUUGUUCUCACUUUACGGUAGUUGCUCUUAGCCUUCCAGUGAGCUACUCUGUUACCCCGUGCGCUCCUGAAGGGGUUAAAGUAUUUUACUGUAGAUUCUCUCCUUCCGUACAGUAGCCAUUUGGUGUUGGAAGGAAGACAACCGCUAGACUGAUGGAGAAUUGUUGUACUGAUCUAGGAACGGACAAAACACUGAUGGUGAUGACGACUAUAAUGAAACAGAUAACCUUUUAGCUGUUAUAUCUGAAAGCUGUGUCACUGUCAGUAGUUCAACGUACAUUAGCAUUAACGUAGACAGAUAUAUUUGUCAAAUUAUACUGUGUGUGCGAGUGUGUGCAGUACUUCUGGGAAACAGUCGGCCUUGUGACAAAAACGGGUGAGGCUACUUCCUUUCCCCUCAACGGUUGACUUCAGCCCCAUGUGACUGUUCUACGACAUGACGCACAGACCCAAGCUAAACCAAACGGACUCUACUCUGACAAGGAGAAGCAAUACAUGAACUCUUCGAUACGUCCUUGGCUAUAAUAGGUCUUGAGGUUAUAUACUUCGUCAGCCACAUUAUCAGUGAUUAUUAUUAGUCGCUUUUGUGGGGACUCAAGCAAUGGCUGACUUCAUGAAAUAAGUGAAAUUAUUGAAAAGAUGUUUGGGGGAUUUGCUCAUUUUGUAAAAUAUAUAAAGCACUUAUAAGCCAAGAGUGGCGGCUAUCUGAUAUAUAGAAAAUAAGGCAUAUUUAUUGGAGAGAAAGAGAGAGCGAGAGAGCGAAAGCGAGAGAGCGAGAACAUUUAGGAAAUUCUUUGUUAUCUGUAUACUAGUAGUUUAUAUAUAAUUCGCUGAGCAGAGAGAUAGGGAAAUAUUUUUAUCGGGUGAGACUGAGUCGCUGAUCUUCACAUUUAAUCUUCCACGAGAGAGAGCGAGAGUAAGAGUGCGAGCGAUGCAUAAAGCGAGCGAGCAAGUGAGUGAGGGCGUCAUGUGUGUGAGUGAGCCUCCUGCACCACCACCACCGCCACCACCACCACUAAAACAACCAAACCACAUUUCUAAAUCAUCACUUCUAUCAUUAUUAUUAUUGAUAAUAUUAUUAUUACAAACACGACCCCCGCUGUGAUGGUAGUGACAUACCGAGCUUGCUUUCCUCUGUCGGUCGUGAGCUCAGAGAUUCUGUUCUUGUGUCGGCCUUUGGAAGCUUCCUGACUGUACAGAGCGGCUGUGUGCACGUGCUUGGCGUGCGAUGCGUGCGUGUGUGUCCGAAUGUGUGUGUCUCCUUCAGUACUAUUUUACUUUGGUAGAACUUCCUCCGCUGUACCUCCUCCUCCUCCUCUUCAUACGCUUCGUUCCUAAUCUCUUGCAUUUACUGUUGUGUUCUGACGCCGGCCGUUCCUUCCAUUCCACCGGAGAGGUCGGGUGGCGGUGAGAGGUUACCGGUCGGCCCCCGAGGAAGACAUGUUGGACGCUUCUUUCCCUAAACAUACCGGUGCUUGUAGUAUGUUCCGCGGCUGAAAGGAUGUCAUGUACAAUCUGCACGGCGUUGUGGACCAUGGGGGUGGUCUCUCUGCCCAGGAGAGUGCAUGGGUUUCCCGCGUGGUGAAGGUGAUAGAUUGACUAACCAGGGAAAGAUGUCGCUCACAGCUUCCUCGUAGGCUGUCCUAACCCACUGGAGACAUCACCAGAGGCAGAUAAGACGAUAUUUAUAUAUACAUACACAUACAUAUAUUUUGUUGUCUAGGGAAUCUCAUUAUCUGACCUGUUAGUUGAGGUCAACUGCCAGUUGAGCGAAAGAAAGAGUAACUGUGUGAAAGAGAGAGGCAUGGAGAGUGUGGUGUCAUAGAUUACUAAAUAGUUAGUGGAAGUACACAUCCUACCUUGACCCCACUAUGACCUCACCCCAACUCGCCGACUGGUUGUGUCUCCUUCAGUUAGAGCAAUCAUCCCCCUGUCCUGCCCAUCAACAAGGAAAGCCGUGAUAGAUGAAAUGGAAUGAAAGAAAACGGACGCUCCUUGUCCGUGAAAGUAAAGACAAGCAUGGCGCCUUCCUUGUAAAUGCCGCACAGGGUCGUAAAACUUUCCCAGGAAAUUCAUGACUCGGUGUACUUCUCUGGCGGUCGUCUAAGUCUCAGGGUGGUCCACGUGCGCCGAAGAAAACUAACAUCAUCUAACACACCCUGAAGGCUGAGACCAUCGACGGGGAAGCGUCACCUCGACCCUGUUCGCGGUGUGUGGGCGGCAGGAGGGAGGGGGCUGAUGACGUUACUGCGCCACCGCCCUCCUCUCCACCUCCUCCCAGAACAUUAAAAAUCUUAUGUGUUAUUAUAUGUGAUCUGAUCGCUUUAGGUGCUUCUUAUCGGCAAACGAAAGGCCUUCUUGCCCCUGAGCUUAGUGAACCGGAGAUGUAUGCUUCAGCCUCUUGGCAAUAAGUUUACAAGGGUGAAGUCAAAGGAAAAAUAACUUAUGUUCAUAAAAAAAAAAAAAAAAUCAUUAAAUUGAUUUGCAAUGUCACAGAGAAAGUACAUCCUAGAAUGACAGAAGAACUUCUGCAAUUAAACUUUUUACAUUCAAAAGUUCCACACCCAAUGUGAAGUCACAAGGAGCGAUUGUAUCAUUCGAAAUUGUGUACAUUUUUGUGUUAAAUAUUUAAGUGUGAGUGUGCUGUAUUUGAUUUGUGGUCUGUCUGACUGAAGAAACGAUAAUCCUGCUAUUCUAUUUCAAAUUAUCAUUAUUAUCAUUAUUAUUACUAUCAUUACUAUUAUUAUUAUUAUUAUUAUUAUUAUUAUUAUUAUUAUUAUUAUAACUAUCAUCAUUAUUAUUACUGUCAUCAUUACCAUUAUUACCAUAAGACCAUCCUGGCCUAUUUCCAAUGCUGGGAGCUGUUUGCCUCAAAUUUUAUCUGUAUUAGGAAUAAAUUGAACAUGUGAUAUGAUAAUCAUCUACGUUUAAGCUGUUACAUUGCGUGAUGUGGUGCCGCGAGGAGUGUAAACAAUAAUAAGACAUUCAUGUGAUCAAUUGAACUAAAACCAAAAAGAUAUAUGAAGGAUUGUACGGUGCAGCGGCUUUUUAGGCAUAUUUGUCAGCCAUCGUUGUUCCAGUGCGAUCGAGACUUUUAUGUUGUUGAAAAAAUAACCUUUUUCAAAAGAACAUUCUGAAGACCCUCGAACGGCAGUAUUCCGACCAUGAUGUCACCUUUUCGUCAAUAGCGUGUUUUGAAUCUUCGCGUCACUAUUUGGGUCGCAAACCUCUCCGAUUAAUCCAUCGUUUCAGGGUCUUCAGAAAGAGGUUCUUGUCAUUCCUUAUUUCCAGGCUUCAUUAUAUUAUAUCUAGCCUGUGCACUUUGUCGUGUGUUAAAAAAGAGAAAAUCCAUAAAUAUAUAUAAAUAUCUAUAUAUAAUGACGAUAAUGUUCGGUCAUCUCGGGGUGCAUUCAGCAGAGGCCGCUGCCCAGCCUUGGGAAUGUUAGGGAGAUGCUCUGUAUAAAUAUUCUCUUUGGUAAGGACGCCGAGAAUGUAAAUUGAUAUCAUCAGUACUUAAUUAAUGUAACCAAAUGCAGUUGUCUGAGUUUGGGUUUGCUUUGUAAAGUAAUUCAGAGUAAAAGUAAGAUUUCCAAUUUACCUCGCCAUUUUCGUGUAAUGAUUGCGAGAUACCAGUCACAAGUUUUACCUGACGAGGCGCCCACCAUGUGUGUGUGUGUGUGUGUGUGUGUGUGUGUGUGUGUGUGUGUGUGUGUGUGUGUGUGUGUGUGUGUGUGUGUGUGUGUGUGUGUGUUCACAGAGCAGCUCCCUGACCGCUGGUGGGUGUUGCUCCGGGGUGCGCCGUGAGUCGCGUCGUCCGGGCUGUGUUUUGGUGGACAGGGGCGAGUGGGGCUCCUACUUCAACUGCUCCCGUGCUCUCCCCUGCCCCAUUUCUCGUCACCCUUUGACCCAUCCCUUUUUAAUUCCUUCCUCCUGAGUAAAAUAUCUAGUCUCGUUUCUGGCUACGGAUUUACUUCUUUCUCUAUUCUUGUUCUUGUUCAUCUUUCUUGCCCGUCUGCCUCGUCUUUCCCCCCCCCUCACUCCUACGUUCCUCUGGUGUUCCUUGAAGGCUAAUAGGCGUGUCCUACAUACAUCAUUCUGUCGCUGUUUCGAAGAUUUAUGAAAGCGUAUCUUUCUUUAGCUAUGUGGAGUGUAACAGGGGAGCCUUCUUCAAUUUCUCAUUGGCAAAAGCACAUCCGAAUGCAGGAACGCACCUCUUCCCUCGCUGACGAACGCUUCUUGCCUCAUAUGAGCGUCAAAUGCACCACCAAUCGGAGCUUAAUUACGGUUUGUUACGCGAUUCCCUCUCCCCCACUGGCACCGGCAACUUAAGGUCUCUUGAAACACCAGGAAACUGAGGAAACAUGAGGAAAAGUAAAGUAAAAAAGUAAAAACCAAUAAAAAGUGUAGAGUAACUAAGCUUCGACGGUAUAUAGCUAUUCCAUUAAAAUCACUUGACGUUAUAGUCUGGUCCUGGAAUGCCAAGCGACGUCCUUUCAAGGGUUCAGUAAAUAUUCCUUCCGUGGCUUCUCCCUUGUCCUUGGAGCCUGAAGAACUUUAUAUGACUGUGUUUCUCUCAGCCUACAGGAAUCGCAUGGUUUUCUAGACUCUACCAACCUCACGCCGACGAAGCUUAGUGUGUCUUGAAGCACGGAGGCGGGCGGAGGUCAGCCCCACCGCCCCUUUAGAAACAAAAAAACGCAGCGCCUUAUGUAGCCGCCUGCUUAAUGCUUCUCGCUCCACGUCCUAUUCCCCCUCUAGUCAAAUUAAAUAAAGAAGGAAACUGUAAAAUUAAUAAAAAAACUCAUUAGAACUCUAGAGAUAAAACUAUUUCUGCUGACACCUUACCAAUGUGACUUGUUUGGCUAUUUUGGCUCUUACAUACAAGUUCAUUAUGGUUCAUUUUCGCUACUUUAUGAAUAGGAAAAUAAACCUUAUUGAACCAUCAUUUUGGGUUCAUAAUCGCUGGCCUUGUCACUAAUAUUACGCAUAUGUAUGGGAUAUCCUGUGACAUUAAAAAGUAGAUGAAAAAUG